UCGAGCGGAACUACGUGCAGGAGCUGGUGCAAAACAGCAAUAACCCACUUGGUUCCUCGCGCCCGGCCGGCAUGUCGGUGGCGACGGCGAGCAGGGGGAUGCGCGCUCUGGCCGUGCUGGGGCGGUGCGUGCGCGCGCCGUUCCGGGUGCUCGUCCGCGCGCGGGACCUGUACGUGAGCCGGAUGGCGGCCUGCGCAGGGGGCGGCGGGCGGGGAGGCCUUGGGCCGGUGGGGCUGGUCGCGAUGCCGCGGUGCCAGAGCCACGGGUUCUACCGGUCGGCCGGGGGUUCAAGCGAGGACGACGUGCGGGAGCUCAUCCGUGCCGCCUCGCGCGCGGGUCCGCCCAGGCCGGCCGGCGUCGGGCCGCGGAGCCGGAGCGUGGCCAUCGGGAGUAUCGACGAGGACCGGCCGUGCGAGUUCGGGCUGGAGGCGCUCGGGCCCAGGAGCAAGAGCUGCGACGUGGGGCCAUCGGCCAGGACGGCUCGCAGAGUUGGCGUCGCCGCUUAGCUCAACGCCGGCACGGUGAAGGGCUGACGGCAGUAUGUAUGAGCACCAACGUACAUGUGACUUGCACUGAAAAAUACGAGUUUCCGGCAGCGAGGCCGAGCAGCAGGCCUCUUCGUUUCUCCAUGGUGUACCACGAAUCUGCUGUUUGCUGACCAAAAGUAACACGUACUAAUACUUUCCGUCUCAGCGUCUCGCUGCGGACUGUGAAAGCACGUCGUCGGGCAAAAUUCUGUCCCGCCGCCCCGUGCAUGUCCCCGUGAGUUGGAGCAGUGGCAGAUACUGAAUAAAAAUAUUGAAUAUUUUAUUCAUUAGAUUAGAUGUCCGAGUGUCUUAUUUAUUGGACUAUAAUGUGUUAUAUAAGUCAAGAUAUAUAUUGAAAAAUAAAAAAAUUAUUGAUGUCCUGUGUACCCUAG